UAUUAGUUAAAUACUAACCUCGUAAGUUAACAGACGCUAAAGUCUUUCAAUUUUGAAGCCUUUAUUGUGGUUUUUGCGAAUUAUAAGGUGUACCAAGGAUAUUUUAUUUAAUUUAAAUAGAAAUUUGUGUUUACUUUUGCAAAAAAUUGUUCUUGUGUACGUUUUCAAUUAAAUGGGUUUUAAGACCUUAAUUUUUGAAUAAAAGGUGCCUUACUUCGACAUCAAGGAAUAUCUAGAAGGAACUUUGUCAGAAUGGCCUUAGAUUUUGCAGCUGGUUGUGUGGGAGGUUGUGCCGGCGUACUUGUCGGUCACCCUCUAGACACAAUCAAAGUACACCUACAGACCCAAGAUUCCAAACGAUCUAUUUAUCGUGGAACAUGGCAUUGCCUUCAAACAAUUGUUGCAAAAGAUUCAAUUCGAGGACUCUAUCGGGGAAUUUCAAGCCCUUUGGGGGGCGUGGCUUUUGUGAAUGCAAUAGUUUUCGGAGUUUAUGGAAAUGUUCAACGAAACACAAAAGAUCCCGAUUCUCUGGGAUCUCAUUUCAUUGCUGGAAGUACAGCAGGUCUUGUUCAGAGCUUAGUGUGCUCUCCAAUGGAAUUGGCUAAAACAUACCUGCAAUUACAAGAUAAUUUCAAGUCUUCUGUAAAACACAAAGGACCUCUUUCCUGUUUAUACCAUAUUUAUGGAAAAGAUGGAUUUCGUGGGCUGUUUCGUGGACUUGGUAUUACAGCCCUUCGAGAUGUUCCAGGAUUUGCUGGAUACUUUGUAUCUUAUGAAUUACUCAUGAGACAAGUUGCAGCGCCAUCUGCUUUUCACUGCCUUAUAGCCGGUGGCUUGGCUGGAACCUUUUCUUGGAUGCUAACCUUUCCAAUUGAUGUUGUUAAAUCAUGUCUUCAAGCUGAUGGAAUGAUGACAAGACCCAAAUACACAGGGAUUUUAGAUUGCAUUCAAAAAGGCUAUCAAUCAGAGGGCAUCCAUUUCUUCAGUCGGGGAUUAACAUCAACACUUUUGAGAGCUUUUCCAAUGAAUGCAGCUUGCUUUUUUGUUGUAUCACUUGUAAUGCGAUUAUCUCAAAACAAUCAGCUGCCAAUUGAACUUUAUCAACCUGAAUCUUUAGCAAUAGUUUCAGCUUCGGAUAGUGUGCCUAUUAAGCAAAGUGAAACCACCUCAGUGCCAAUAAAUUCACAAAGUGAAGAUAUUCAAAAGAAAGAUUCACGACUUGUAAAAACUUUGGUGUUUUUAGGAUCUUUCAGUGAGGCUAUUUUUGAAGCUGAGCUUGAAGAAUUGGCAAACGAAUUGUGUUCAGAUGAAAAGAAGGAUUAUUAUCUGUUGGAUAGUAAUCGGCUGGAAGAUGUUAUUAAAACGUAGUUUAAAGGGAUUUUAUUGAGACACCACCAGCAUUAGGUCAAAUGUGAUUGUGUACAUUAUUUGUAAAGUUCCUAAGCAUAAGCAAUAAGCAUAGAUAAAGCUUUUGCUAUAAGAAAAAGAUAGAACACAAAGCAUAAAUGUUAAGAUCUAGUUAAAUGUAAAUAGAUGUACAUAUGUAGUUAAAAAUAUUUUAAUUAAGGUUUAAGAUAAGUUAUUUGGUUUACUGCCAAAAUAAAAUAUAAUAAAAUUUUUUUAUAAGAA